GCUCAUGGGAGCUUAGAAGACCCCAAAAGUGUGACUCAUCACAAAUUAAUACAUGCUGCUUCGGAGAGGGUGCUGAGUGAUGCCAAAAUGGUCUCAGAGGAGAACAUCCAGGACAAAGAUGUCCUGUUAUUGAUAAAAAAGCGUGCUCCAUCUCCGCUCCCUAAGAUGACUGAUGUCUCAGCAGAAGAAAAGAAAAAACAAGAGCAGAAAGCUCCAGACAGAGAUGCUAUAUUCCGAGCAACAGCGAAUCUGCCGUCCUACAACAUGGACCGGGCUGUGGUCCAGACCAACCUGAGAGACUUCCAGACAGAACUCCGGAAGAUCUUAGUCUCUCUCAUCGAGGUGGCACAGAAGUUGUUAGCGCUGAACCCCGAUGCGGUUGAACUGUUCAAGAAGGCAAAUGCUAUGUUGGAUGAGGAUGAGGAUGAGCGUGUGGACGAAGCGGCUCUACGGCAGCUCACGGAGAUGGGCUUUCCUGAGACCAGAGCCACCAAGGCCCUUCGGCUGAACCACAUGUCAGUACCUCAGGCCAUGGAGUGGCUAAUCGAGCACGCGGAAGACCCAGCCAUAGACACUCCUCUGCCGGGCCAAUCCCCGCCAGGAGCGGUGGGGGCCGAGGCGGCUGCCCCCGAGGCUGCUGCUGGAACUAGCACAGAGGAUGAGGAGGCCAGAGAUGAGCUCACGGAAAUCUUCAAGAGGAUUCGGAGGAAAAGGGAAUUUCGGGCUGAUGCUCGGGCCGUCGUUUCCCUGAUGGAGAUGGGCUUCGACGAGAAGGAGGUGGUGGACGCCCUCCGGGUGAACAACAACCAGCAGAGCGCUGCCUGCGAGUGGUUGCUGGGAGACCGGAGGCCCUCCCCCGAGGAGCUGGACCAGGGCAUCGACCCCGACAGCCCUCUCUUUCAGGCCAUCCUGGAUAACCCGGUGGUGCAGCUGGGCCUGACCAACCCGAAAACGUUGCUAGCAUUUGAAGACAUGCUGGAGAACCCAUUGAACAGCACCCAAUGGAUGAACGAUCCAGAAACGGGGCCGGUCAUGCUGCAGAUCUCUAGAAUCUUCCAGACGCUGAACCGCACGUAGGUGGCGCCGUCCCACUUGGCGGCCUGGCUGCAGCAGCCUCCCCAGGAACGGGCCAGAGGGGACCCACCUGGAAACCCACCUUCAGCGCCUCAAACCUGGAUUGUCAGAGGCGCCGCGGCUGUCCUCAUCCUGACCUUGUUGCUUAUGAACUUCUGUGACGGUAGUUUGUAAAGCCGUGAUUUUAGCAAAUGACAGGUGUUUACAAAAAUGUGGUUGUUGCACUGGGAAGUGAUGGUCGCCUCCUCCCCAGGGUGCUCCUUUGGGCUCUUGAAGUGCUGCUUGGGGUGACGCUUUGGUGUUUGCUUGUAGAGUCCACUUGUUAUUUGAAAGAAGGCAUGUUUCAAUCCAGAGUGUUAAUGGCAAACAUACUAAUUUAACUAGAGUAAUGCACAGAUGACUUUUCUUUAAUAAAUAAAACCCCUUUUCCUAG